AUGCCCAUUAAAAAUCCUAUUCUAAUCUAUGAACAUCUGUUUAGACCAGCACUGAUGAAGUAUGGGUUGUUUGAUCAAAUAAGAAUGGAUCAUGGAAGUUGUCCUUUGUAUCUUUGUACAACAGCUAUUAAAGGGAUAUCGAUUCAGUGAAAGCCGUUUACCUUGGAAGCAAAUGUCAUCUACAAGUAAUUAUGUCUCAGAGCGCAUGUGGCUUGAGGUUAAUCCAAGGAUUAACUACCCUAUAAAACGUCAACUCUGUGAGAUACAAAGACAGGAUGAUAUUGACUUUGAUCACCCAGUUACAAUGUUUUGCGUUUCUUGGGUGACAAUGUAUGUUGCAAAUGAUGCUGCUGAACACUUGAUCCAUUCAUGCAAUCAUCACAGGAUUCCAGGACCACAAGGAUGUGUGCCAGUGGAAAACAUGGCUCAGACCUCAUGUGCAAUGCAGCUACCAGCUGAAUUGAUUCCAACUGUGAUGCAACUUUUGCCACUGACCCUUUGGUAA